UAUGAUUUUAUAGAGCAUUAAAGACCCUUCUUUUCUUUCUUUCUAUCUCUCUCAUCUCUCACCAUUUUUCUUGAAGAUUUCCAUUUCAAGAUUCUUGGUAUCCAAAAAACAUCAGAACUUUAUAUGAAAUCAUGAAAACUGAAGAGAAUAAUAGCAUCAUGCCUAUAGAUGAAGACCAAGAUUCAAGUUCAUCACAAAGUGAAGAAGUUGUCAUCCCUAUUCACAAGUUUCAAGUUGAAGAAGAGAUCUCUACUGCAAAUAACGAUUCGCCAAAUUGGAAAAACGAAAGUCUGUUCUUGGAGAUACCAUCAAGAACAACAACACAACCCUCUUCGUCUCAAGAAUCGGUUCAUAUCAAGAUACCCUCAACGCCAACUCCUAAGAAAGUAAACUUCAAUCUUUCAACAAAUAGCAGAACAAAUGCCAAUGCAUCUCCGGCAAAUUGUUCUUCAAGAAUCAAAUCAUCAAAGAAAAGUUUACUACCGAAACUAAACUUUAUAAACAGGAAUACAAGUCUUGAUGUUGAAAAGAGUGAUGGUAGUUAUGUAAUGCCAGCAGCUUCAUCUUCUACUAUGCAUGAAAAGCCUUCAAUACCGCGAUCAUGGUCACUUACUAAAAUCUUUACCCCUCAGAGGACAUCUUCUUUACCCGUUACGCCCAUUGUACAGUCGGAUCAUGAGUCUGUACUGGGAAAUUCAGGUGGUUCACUUAAUUUGGAGACUAAAGUCCAAGUGCAUAUAGCGAGGUCACGUUCAGUCCCAGUCCUCAACAAGGAUAUAAGUAUCAAGAGAAUGGAUUCUUUUUUCCGCGUGAUUCCUUCAAAUCCACGAGUGAAAGAUUGUGAUCAUGUUUCACCUAUGCCUUCUCCAACUAACGACAAAGAUAAUGAAGAAGGGGGUGGUGAAGAUAUACCCGAAGAAGAGGCGGUUUGUAGGAUAUGUUUGGUUGAACUAUGUGAAGGUGGAGAAACCUUAAAAAUGGAAUGCAGUUGCAAAGGCGAACUAGCGUUGGCACACAAAGAUUGUGCGGUAAAAUGGUUUAGCAUCAAAGGUAACAAGACUUGUGAUGUGUGUCAUCAAGAUGUCCAAAACCUACCUGUGACACUUUUAAGAAUACAAAGUACUGUCAGAAACCGAAACUCGGGUGCAAGUAGAUCACAACAGAUGGAAGUAAACGGAUACAGUGAUGUCUAUAGGGUGUGGCAAGAAGUGCCGAUUCUUGUUAUUGUCAGCAUGUUGGCCUACUUCUGCUUCAUUGAACAGCUUUUGGUUGGGAACAUGGGUACAAGUGCAAUUGCGCUCUCUCUUCCAUUUUCGUGUGUUUUGGGUCUUCUUUCAUCGAUGACUUCGUCAACCAUGGUAAGAAGAAGAUUCGUGUGGCUAUACGCAUCGAUUCAGUUUGCUUUGGUUGUAAUCUUCGCGCAUAUUUUCUACUCUCUGGUUCAUGUUCAGCCCGUUCUGUCGAUUCUUCUUGCCACAUUCGCAGGCUGUGGGAUUGCAAUGAGUGGUAGCUCGAUUAUUGUCGAGAUUUUAAGACUAAAAAGACAGUGGUGGCAAGACAGAUCUGCGGAUCAGCCAAUAAAUUCCCAGAUUGUUUUACGUCCUGAACCAAGACGCGCCCAAACUGCAUCCUCGUCACCUCAUGUUGUUCCUCAACAGGAAAUCGAAACCAGGGAUGCAGAAGCUCAUAGAGAAAGCUAAGUCAUAACUUAUUGAUGUCUCAGAAGUUUUAAUUGAGAUAAUGAGUGUAUGCUGCCAAAAUUUAAAUCUAUUGAGGAACAAUAUACACAAGCAUCAUGAAAAUUAUAUCUAUUGAUGUAUUGUGAUUAUUAUCAAUUCUCUUCUCGAGAUU